AUGUUCCAUGGUCUCAUCAGAAUGGUCCUAAUGAUCGGUUCGACUUGCUUCAUAAGAAAGGAACAGUUGGAGCCUUCCAGCCCGGUCGCCCCUAUCGAUUCCAGAGGAGGACGCAAAGUCUACUCGAAAGAGUUUCUCCUCUCCAAGAAGGCAACCGGAACUCAAGGCGACCUGUUGUUGUGGCUACAACCCAAACAACAAUUGCCCAAAGAAGGAAAGAGAGCGAAAGCGAAAGGUUUGGAGGCCUUUCGAGAUCCUGUAGCACAACACAACUUUGCUGCUUUCAAGCUUUGGUUGAAAGGACUACUGGAGGGAAAUUCAGCCGUGGAUAAACAUACAUUGUGUGGUCUUUAUCACGCGCAUUUUGCGCAUGUGUUAGAGCCACGUAGGAUGGGUCUGAUUAACUUUUCCCUCUUGCAAAUGUUGAUGGUGGUGCUGCCUGGAAUCAAUGUCUGGUCAAGGGUGAAGGAUUAUCCAUUUUGCUACUUUGUAUGUUGGGAUGAUGGAGGGGGAGAUAUCGCACUGACGACUCAGCCAUUGGAUCCACGGUGA